GCAGGCUUUGCCUUUUCUGGUAGUUAAAGCUGCUGAAAGAACAAGCAGGAAUUCUUUGUGCUGCAGACGGGCUGAGAUAUAAACCAGGCUGUAGAGGUUGAUAUAUGAAGAGAGGGGAGACACUACUGUCCAUGGACUAAACUCCAGCUACUGCUAAGUGAGAAAGUGAGGAGAAUCAUUUGGGCAUCAUGGACGAUGACUUUGAACGCCGCAUGGAGCUGAGGAGGCAGAGGAGAGAGCAGAUGCGCCUCGAAGCGGACAACGUGGGUUGCGCCAACAAUGAUGAUGAGGAGGCAGCUCGGGAGCAAAGAAGACGUGCAAGGGAGGAGAGGAAGAAGAUGAGGGAACUAGAGGAGUCUGGAACCUCCAAUGUGAUUGAAACCAACAGCAUGACAGAGACAGAGUCCUCCACCACCACCACCACCACUGCUGAAGGUGCCGAUGACGACCAGGCUUUGCUGGAGCGCCUGGCCAAGAGGGAGGAGCGCCGGCAGAAGAGAAUGCAGGAGGCCCUGGAGAGACAGAAGGAGUUGGACCCCACCGUCGGCACCACCAACGGCACAGACAGCACACUGGAGGAGCAGUCCUCCAUCAGCAGCAGCAGACAGCGGCAUACAGAGGAAGAAGAGGAGAAGAAGGAGGAGGAACCAGCUAAAGAGGAGGUGGCAGACGCUGAUACCAACUCCUGGAGGAAAGAGGAAGAGGAGAAGAAGGAAGAUGUGGAGGAAUCUGUUGACGAAUCAAGAACAAGGAGCACGAGAAAUGAGGAGGGAAUUGAGGAAAAGGCUCCAGCAACAGAAGAAGAAGCCGAGCAGCCUGAUGCAGGAAUGAAAGAUGCCGAAGAGGAAGCUGUUCCUGAUGUUGACAAGGAGGAAGAGGAAAGGAAAAGGAGAGAAGAAGAGGAAAGACAGCAAAAAGAAAAGGAGGAAAAGAAGAGGAUAGAAGAGGAAGAAAGGCUAAAAAAGGAACAGGAGGAAAAGCUCAAGAAAGAGGAAGAAGAGAGGAAGAAGAAAGAGGAGGAAGAGAAACGCCGGAAAGAGCUGGAAGAGAAGAAGAAAAAGGAGGAGGAAGAGAAGCAGAAGAAGAAAGAGCUGGAGGAGAAGAAGAAGAAGGAAGACGAGGAGAAGCGGAAAAAGGAGGCUGAGGAGAAGAAGAAGAAAGAGGAGGAGGACAAGCGUAAGAAGAGAGAGGUGGAAGAGAAGAAGAAGAAAGAGGAGGAGGAGAAGCCCAAGAAGUUUGGUUUUAAGGAAAAGACUGAACCAACCAAACAGAACGGAGCGCUGUUUGAGAAUAAACUUAAGAAAACAGAGAAGACAACAAGUGCUCCCUCCUCAAAGGCAGAUGAUGCGGAGCGAAAGGAGGCCGAGCGUAAGCUGCAGGAGCUGAAGCGCCGGCGAAACGAUGCAGAAAGCGAGGACGUUGAGAAGAUGAAGCAGAAGCAGCAGGACGCAGAGGCCGAGCUGGAGGAGCUGAAGAGGAAGAGAGAAGAGAGGAGGAAGAUCCUGGAGGAGGAGGAGAAGCAGAAGAAACAGGAGCUAGAGGACAAGAAAGCCAAAGAACAGGAGGAGAGGAAGAGAAUGAAGGAGGAGAUAGAGAAGAGGAGGGCGGAGGCUGCAGAGAAAAAGAAACAGAUGGUGGAAGAAGACUCUACAAAACCUGCCUUUGCUAUCAGUCCCAAAGGCUCCUCAAAGAUCGGGGCGAAGGCAGAAUUCUUGAGCAAAUCAGCCAGUAAAAGCACCGCAGCCAGAGUGUCUCACACUCCGAUUGUCUCCAAGAUAGGCAACAGACUGGAGCAGUACACUUCUGCCCUCCAGGGAGCCAAAGAUGCCAAAUCCCCAAAGCCUGCGGUGGCAGAUAUUCCUACAGGAGGCGCGCGCAGCAUCAAGAACAUGUGGGAGAAAGGAAACAUCAGCAACACCUCUGAAAGUCCAGCUCCUACUGUCAAGGAUGUGGCUGGUAUCAAAGGUGGCGUGGCCGGACGUGUCAACAGUUGGAUGGCAAAGCCUCCAGAGGCGGAGAAGACAGCAGCACCUGCAGCAGCAGCACCAGCAGCAGCAGCAUCACCAGCAAAGCCAGCAGAUGUGAAACCAGGUGACGUCGGUAACAAGCGUGGCAUGUGGGAAACCAAGAAGAGCUCUACACCUGCCAAGGUGGCAGUUGGAGUCAGGAGCAAAUUUCACUAAUGGAGACGUGAAAACCGAAGCAUUGACAUCCCCGUUUAAAUUAAGCCUCACCUGUCCAGACACAAGGCUCUGCUACUGUAUGUGCAUCCAUUUCCCCUCAACUUACCUGUGCUUUGCAUGAAGUCCACACCAGAGUGAGGAAAAGACGAAGGACCAGGAUAAGUGACUCCCAGCAUCAAUGUCUCCAGAGAUUUUUCCUCAAAAGUUAAAAAAAAACUAUGUUUUCAUCAGACUUGACUUGAUUUUUUACUAAGGAAUUAAAAGUCGAUUUUAUACGUAGUGACGACCCAGUCGCCAGAAUAGAUGUUGGCAACGUUUCUGCAAACCAUGGAUAUGUUACAUCUUGUCUGUCAUUAUGUAGGAAAUAUGUUUCAACAAUGCUGUGGUUAAGGUGUGGUUUGGUUUAGGCACAAAACCUACUUGGUUAUGGUUUGGAAAAGAUUAUGUUUUGGCUUAAAAUACCCAGUUUCGGGGGCACAUUCGCAGCAGGAAAAGCAGAGAUAUCUGCAAAAAUCAACCACUUUUUUGCCACUAUGCCUGCUGGAAACGCAGCAAUGUCUUGUUGAAAAUCAACCACCGUUAGUGCCACUAUUCUUGCCGGAAAAGCAGCAAUGCCUCAGCAAAAAACAACCACUCUUCGAGCCUUAAAAGCCACAGUGAUGGAUCCUUAAAAACACCCAUAUUUGGGUGUUUUGCAAAUAUAACGUGUUCAUAGUUUGCAGAAACAUAGACCAACAUUUUCUUUUGCUGACUGGGCUGCUAGUAAGGCUUUUCAGGACAAAGUGCCACAUGUUUAAUGCUUAGUAGGUUAAGGAUUGUGUAGUGUCCAGCUAUUUUAUCAAGGUUACAAAUUUCAGAUGGCUGUGCCUGAAUGUUAUAUUGCUCACUGACAUGUCUGCUCUUCUUGUCGUGUAUUGUCAUAUAGCUUAAUCCAAAUAAUAGGCAUUUGUGUUUUAUUGUCAUACACACUCACUGCUUUUUGGGAUGACAGUCACUGUUUUGACUCCAUGUGAUAACCAAGGCUGUUUAAUGUGCAUCUCACCGCUUAGAUUAAACUGCCACUGAGCUGGAUGUUGGGUGACGAACCUGUACAUAAUAGAGUCAUUUCUCAAGUCAGCACCAUUUUAUAAUAAGGCAGCCUUUAUUAAGGGUUUAUGAAUAGUAACUUAAGACUUUAUUAAUGGUUAAUAGUGGUUGAUAAGUCAGUAAUGAGAGCAGUUUUUGGGUUGCCAUGUCUUUUGCAUGCAUUGCCUUGAAGUUUGGUGCAGACAUUCAUGGUGCCCAGAGGAUGAAUCCUAAUGACAGUGAUGAUCCCCUGACUCUUCAAAUAGCGCCACCAGCAGGUCAAACUUUUCACUUAUCCAGUGAAAUAUCUCAAAAAUAUAAUGGAUGGAUUGGCACUCAUUCCUGAGGGUAAAGCCUUCUGGCAUGAUGUGAUUUUGCCAAGUAGGAAAUGCUCCUAGAUCAACUUCCCACGUUGCGAUCAACCAAUCACAGCCCUGUGACAUUGUCAGUGUGCUGCUCAUGUGCUUCCUUCAAAAUUCCUUUGUGCAUCUUCUAAGCUAUUUUUCCAAAUUGAAGUUGGUUGGUUAUAUUGAACAAUAUCCUCAGCAACACUGAAUAAAACCUCUAUGAGCUACUCCAGGGUUAGUGAGGCGGCUUGGUAAGUGGGUAAGCUAGGCUAUGCUAACAAGUAAGCUGCCAAUAGGCUAGUAUAUAAGCCAGGUAGUUUGCUAUCUAAGUCAGCUAUGCUACUACGUAGGCUUGUCGAUAGGCUACAGUAUUAGCGAGUUAGCCUGCUAAAUUGGUAAAGUUAGGUCAUGCUAACAAUUAAGUUUUCCAGUAAGCUAGACUAUUGUUCAGUUACAAAGAGUACGGAUAAUAUAAUUUUUCAAUUGCAAAUACUUGUAAUAAACAUAUUUCCCUCCAUUUUAUAGCCUAUUAAUGAAGACUGCAGUGCUUAUGUUAAUAGCAAGCUAACUCGGUAAUAUUCUAGUCUAUUGGCAAGUUUACUUGUUAGCAUAGCCUACCCAGUUAGCAUGCUAACUCGCUAAUGUCCUAGUCUAUUUGCACGUUUUCUUGUUAGCAUAGCCUACCUAUUUAGCAAGCUAACUCAUAAAUAUUCUAGUCUAUUGGGAAGUUUACUUGUUAGCAUAGCCUACACAGUUAACAAGCUAUAUUGCUAAUAUUCUCAUCUAUUGGCAAGUUUACUUGUUAGCAUAAACUUCUGAAUUAGCGAGCUAACUCGCUAAAUUCUAGCCUAUUUAUAAACUCAGUCGUUAGCAUAGCACCUAGUUAGCAAGCGAACUCGCUAAUGUUCUAGUCCAUUGGCAAGUUUACUUGUUAGCAUACUCUAUCUAAUUAGUAAGCUAACUCGCUAAUAUUCUAGUCUGUUAGCUUGUUAGCAUAGUCUUCUGAAUUAGCAAGCUAACUUGCUAAUAUUCUAGUCUAUUGGCAAAUCUACUUGUUAGCAUAACCUUCUUAGUUAGCAAGCUAACCCACAGCACACUGAUGUGUCAGAGGGCUGUGAUUGUGAUUGUAAUAUUGGUCCAGGAAUACAAUUUGGGAUGUUGAUCCAGGAACAUGUUAUGUUUUGCUAUAAAACAUGGUACGCACAUUCAUGUUUCCCUUGGAAUGAACUUCAGUAACCCCAGCCUUUCAUUUAGUGCCAUCAUCAGCUGAACAUUUUGUCUAUGACCAAAUACCUGCACAAAUAAUAUUCAUAUCAGCCUCAACUGACCUUUGUGUUUGGUAUUAAUCAGCAACCGUUAGCUUGCUGCAGAAGUACAGCCUCACAGAGCAGACAGAGUGUCCUGUCAGCUAUGAAGGACCGUUGGACCACUCAGUGCCCAUAAUACAAAUUGAAUAGAUUAUUGUAAAAGUAUUCUUCAUUAAUGGCUUAUUAGCAAUUCUAACUACAGAGUCAAUUGCUUAUUAGAAAAUGAGAGCCAUAAGCACCUAAGUUUAUAAAGAGUGUCUUAUUAUGAAGUGGCACAUUCAGCCCAGGACUGCAGCCAGAGAAACACUGUGCACGCCGUUCAAUGUUUCUGUCAACAACACAUGGGUUUGUUACCUUUUUUAAACUUUUGGCAGUUUAAAAAUCACAUUAUUGUGUAAUAUAAGCACCAACAAAGUCUAUGAAUACGAGUGUAAGCAAGUAUCCACUGUAACAACUAUUCAGUGACCAAAUUUACUGUUUUAUUUAACAGGCUGGUAGCAGUCUUGCUUUACUAUCAUCUGUUUACGUGCCACUAACAAUGCAGUUUAUUUGCAGCAGCUGCAACAGACAUAGAGGUUAAAAGACAAUGGCAAUGUGCACUCUGUUUUAACAAGGCCUGUAAUUAACUUUAACUUGUAUCCUGGUGUUCCUGUCAGUCAGCUGUGCACAUGAGUUGAAUCCUGCCAAAAUGUAUUGUGAGUGUUUCAGCGGAGGGUUGCUUUGUUUGAAUAUUUGAUAUUAUUGUUUGUAUUUGCUUCAGCAAUAAAAAAAAAUAAAGGAACAAAGUUCU